AUGGCCUCUGACGACUCGCGCUCCUUGACAUACGAUGAUACUGUCUGGAUUAUGCAGCGGGUACUAGAUCGACGUUGUCAAUUUGCCAACCAUGCCUAUCCCAAAGAGCACUUCUGGCAGAAGUGCGCGUAUCGGGUAAAAAAUCAGUUGGGGAGACGAAUUGAGGAUCCCAAGAAGCUGGUGGAGCGCUGGGAAACACAGCGCCGGAAGGAGAUUAUGGAAGAAAGGAAGGACCCGAGUCGUGCGCGUCGGAGAACGAACAAGAAAGAUGUUUUCAGGUGUUUGAUGGACGAAUGGCUCGAGUUCCGCGACCAACUGGACACCGAAGGAAGUUCCAGAGACUUCCCAGUUGACCUUGACGCCAAUACCGACUCUGGAGAGCGCCGGUCUCCAUCUCCACGACGCGAGGAAAGACCACGGACAAGUUGUGGAUGUCAAAAGAGAAAGGCGCGGGAGGAGGACGACGUGCCGUACAUGUCAGAACAGCGAGCUGCCACCGCUGUUCCUGAGCAAUGGCGAUCCAGUAGAAGAGAGAGGAUGGUUGAGAGGGUGGUUGAGAGAGUGGAAAGAGACGAUGAUAUGUCGGAUUUCGGAUCGGAGUCGGAGUCGCGUUCACUGAGUGCCUCAGAGUCUCCUGACUGGGUGGAAGACGUAGAGGCGAGAAUUGACUCGUUUCAGAAGGAUGUAAGCAGGAUGCUUGAUCAGUGGAGCAGAGAUUAUUUCAGGCUGGCUGAAAACUGGGCAAAGCUGUCCAAGUGCACAUCCUUUUCUUCCUCAUUCGGCUCCAACAUCCGCUCGAUUACCAAAUGCCCAUUUUGUCUUGCCUACCACAGAGAAUCUCGACUUCCAUAUCUUGAUUCACAGAAACCUAGUGUCACUCCAGCCAGAGCUGGACAAAUUGGCCGUGGUCUUUGCACGCAGCCGGGCAGGAACCUGCCUGAUCUUUCCAAUUUCGCGUUUCACAUUGACGGCUUCGUGCUCGGGAAAUAG